GAUGUGCGUCUUUCAUGCGACGCUGCCAGUGUGACGUAUAAUCUAGUGGACGGUUCUUCAGAAACAGCUCGUCAACCACCUCCGUAGCUAGCCAACAUAGCCGAAAGAUUCAAGCUAUUUAUACGCUUUCGAUGUAUAUUAGCUACUGUGUUUUAGACACACUUCUGUCGUAUCUACUUGUUAACCUAUUUAAUUUAAUAUUACGUUAUUUUUUAUUAGUCAGCUAUAGUAGCUGGCAGGUUAAGUUAGCUCUAGUCGCUAAUGAUAGCUAGCUAGCUAACAUCCCCGACCAUGAGCUCCCUAAACUACUCCGCUCCUGUUAAAGAAGAGGGGAAAUGCUGGACGGAGAAAGAGGGUCUUUGGCUGAACAUUGUCGUGAAAGAGGAGGAGGAAGAGGAGGAUGUGACAGUAACACAAGUGGAGGGUGAGGCUGUUACAGUGGAAGAAGAAGAGAAAGACGUUUCAGUGAAAGAAGAGGAAGAUGCUGUUUUUGGAGUGAAGAAGGAUGGGGAGAUUACUGUCACAUUGAAAGAUGAAGAGGUGGAGAUAGGAGAUCUGAUUCACACCAGAGAGAGACGGGACUAUCGUGGAUCCUCUGGGGAGCCUCAACAACCUCAUGAUGCAGACAAGGUAGAGAAGAGUCUCUCCAGAUCAGAACACCUCAAGAAACACCAGCAGAGACCCACAGGGAGGAGAAUUCACUGCUGUUCUGACUGUGGGAAGAGAUUCACCUCCCCAUCAGGCAUUAAAAUUCAUCAGAGAACACACACAGGAGAGAAAUCAUAUAGCUGUGGUCAAUGUGGGAAGAGUUUUAGACAAUCUGGAAGUCUGACAGUGCACCAGAGAAUACACACAGGAGAGAAACCUUAUAGUUGUGAUCAAUGUGGGAAGAGUUUUACGACAUCUGGCUCUCUGACUCUCCAUCAGAGAACACACACAGGAGAGAAACCUUAUAGCUGUGGUCAAUGUGGGAAGAGUUUUGUUAAAUCUAGCAAGCUGACUCAACACCAGAGAACACACACAGGAGAGAAACCUUAUAGCUGUGAUCAAUGUGAGAAGAGUUUUACUACGUCUGGCUAUCUGACUCUACAUCAGAGAAUACACACAGGAGAGAAACCGUAUAUAUGUGAUCAAUGUGGGAAGAGUUUUGUUCGAUCUGACCAGCUGACAUUACACCAGAGAACACACACAGGAGAGAAACCUUAUAGUUGUGGUCAAUGUGGGAAGAGUUUUGUUACAUCUAGCUCUCUGACAUUACACCAGAGAACACACACAGGAGAGAAGUCUUAUAACUGUGAUCAAUGUGGGAAGAGUUUUGUUACAUCUAGCUCUCUGACAUUACACCAGAGAACACACACAGGAGAGAAAUCUUAUAGCUGUGAUCAAUGUGGGAAGAGUUUUACCACAUCUGGCUAUCUGACUCUACAUCAGAGAAUACACACAGGAGAGAAACCAUAUAUCUGUGAUCAAUGUGGGAAGAGUUUUGUUACAUCUAGCUGUCUGACAUUACACCAGAGAACACACACAGGAGAGAAACCUUAUAGUUGUGGUCAAUGUGGGAAGAGUUUUAGUAAUUCUGGUGAUCUGACAGUGCACCAGAGAACACACACAGGAGAGAAACCUUAUAGCUGUGGUCAAUGUGGGAAGAGUUGUAGUAAUUCUGGUGAUCUGACAGUGCACCAGAGAAUACACACAGGAGAGAAACCUUAUAGCUGUGGUCAAUGUGGGAAGAGUUUUGUUUCAUCUAGCAAGCUGACUCAACACCAGAGAACACACACAGGAGAGAAACCUUAUAGCUGUGAUCAAUGUGGGAAGAGUUUUGGACAAUCUGGCACUCUGACUUUACACAAGAGAACACACACAGGAGAGAAACCUUAUAGCUGUGGUCAAUGUGGGAAGAGUUUUGUUUCAUCUAGCAAGCUGACUCAACACCAGAGAACACACACAUGAGAGAAAUCUUAUAGCUGUGAUCAAUCUGGCAGUACACAAGAGAACACAUACAGUAGAGAAACCUCUUAGCUGUAACCAGAGAUAAUCUGAUAAAAAAUCUCUGAUCAAAUAUCAGAAAAUACACAGAGUUGUUUCAUGAUAUCAAUGAAUUAAUGUCACAAUGUAGAAUGUGUUGACAUUGCAGUAAGAGUAUUUUAAUGUCACAAUGUAGAACCCAAAACGCUAUUUCACCAGGAGAGUGAAAUCCUGCUGGCCUUUGAUGGAGAGAACAUCCACGUCCUCGAGGACAUCACCAUGGGACUUGGGGCUCUGCAUUUUUAAUUUCUCCUUAAAUUCCUCAAAAAUGUCAGAAAAACACUUAUGUUCCUAAGUUACUGUGUUUUGGGGUGAAGUUACCAGGGCCGGUCAUAAAGAUGGCAAACUUCCUAACAUAACUAAGUGGAUAUGAUAUACACACAAGCUGAAAAAUCUGCAUUUAGCAUCAAGUCUACAAUAUUGUUAGUUUACCUAUGAUUCUUUAUCAUUAUUUCUAAAAAUGUUUAAAUGUCAUUAAAAGCACUAUACAAAGUAAAUGUAUUAUUUAUUAUGGUCUGACAUGUCUGCAGAAAAGUUGCAUUUUUGUAAUGUGUUUUGUUUGGUCAAUUGCUUUGUAAAUAUCAAUUCACGUUUGUUGUGCCACUAAAUAAACUAUUGUUUAAGUCAAUAUUGUUUAAUGGAGGGAGGGUGGACAGGGAGUUUUAAAAAAUUAACCCCAAAAGGUUCUUUGAGGAAUCAUUUUAAUGGGUUCCCAGGAGCCUCCCAGUAACUAUAGAUCUUCCGCUGCUUUCUAAAAUAUCAUCCCGCUUAUUAUCAUCCAAAUUUCAAUCAUCUGAUUGAGCAUAUUUCUAAAUGUUACUAUCCAAAAGUCAGAUAAAGA